CGAAUGCGUAAGGAAAGGGGAUUUGUUUGCUGAAAUGUCCACAUGCAUCCUUGAUUGAUAGAUUAUAAAGCUAAAAAAUAGCCCUAGAUUCAGCCUUACCUCAUCUCCAGCAAUUCCUAUUCAGCUCAUGAUACAAAACACAAUUCCUAUCAAUAACAACAAUGAGGAUAUGCGAUAUGUGUGUGAUGCCAUAUCGUCGUCGUAUUUUCGAAUGAAUUCCUUUGCGCCAAGCUUUUUGAUAAUCCUGUGUGUUACAUAAAAGGGAUGAUUAUCUAACACAUCGCAUAAGGCAGCAACAAAACGUACAUUCUCAAUGGUUCGAUUCUACGAGCUGUGAUGCCAAGGCUGUUAAAGCAGGAUACCCAUAAAUAUGGGACAUACCUCCAACUACCUACCUAGGUAGGUACGUACCCAUGUAGCUAUGUACAUUCUCAAGAUCAUAGCGCAACUCGAACUUAUACCGGAGCUUGGGCCACUUGCACGCGGACAAGCUCGGAGUAUACCCACCCCACCUCGGAUGACCGAUUAUCAACGGAGGACUACUACUAAGCCUCAUCCUUCGUCAAGAUCUCAUCGCUCUUAUCAACUCUUGCCUGUCCCAGGGGAGAUCGUAAAUCUAUUCGUAUCACUUUACAAGUCUAGUUUGCCAUUUAUCUAAUCUAAUCAGUGAAGAGAUCAUCAAACCCCAAUCAGUUCGCUAUGGACUACGUCAACCAACGAGUGGCUCAAGCCGCUGCUCAAGACCCUUCCGAUAUCUACACCGGCCUUGUUACGCCGCUCAAUGCCAUCCUCCUAACCAUCACUCUCUACACGACGUACCUACUUUUUAAACCCUCGCCGCCCGCGACGUUACCGCGCGAACCUCCCGCCAUCGUCUUUCGCACAUUCACCCCGCGCACACUAUUCCCUUACAACGGGCAGAAUGGUAUGCCGGUGUUCCUAGCAGUGCGCGGUCGCGUCUUCGACGUCACGAGUGGCCGCAACUUUUACGGACCCGGCGGCCCUUACGAGAACUUCGCUGGUCGUGACGCCAGCCGUGGCCUAGCUUUCCAUAGCUUCGACGAGGAUAUGCUGACUAAGGACCUCGACGGACCUCUGGAUAAGUUAGAGAACCUUGGUCCCGAAGAGCUGGAGAGUUUGCAGGGCUGGGAAGAGAGGUUCCUAGGCAAAUACAUGGUGGUGGGGAAAUUGGUCGCAAAAGCAGAUGCGUAAAUCAUUCUUCUAUCCAUGAAGUACUAUGUCAUAUGGGGUCUAUUCUUGAUGAUAUACUUGAGCGCUUGAGUUUUUUAGAUCUUGUCAGUUCCGCAGAUGUUGUGGUAUGUACAGGUUAUAAAAUGAAAAGAACGUUAUUCGUGGUUGCAUUCGUCAAACCCGUUUAAACUAAAUGCUAAAGGCUUGAAGGAAAUAAGUUCCGUUUAAGUUCUCAAGGAAGGGGAAGGUACAACACAUACCCGAGCGAAUUU